CGGUUAUAAGAUGGCGGCGCUGAGCGGCGGCGGCGGCGCGGAGCAGGGCCAGCCUCUGUUCAACGGGGAUAUGGAGCUCGAGGCCGGCGCCGGCGCUGCGGCCUUUUCGGCUGCAGAUCCUGCCAUUCCCGAGGAGGUAUGGAAUAUCAAACAAAUGAUUAAGUUGACACAGGAACACAUAGAGGCCCUAUUGGACAAGUUUGGUGGGGAGCAUAAUCCACCAUCCAUAUACCUGGAGGCCUAUGAAGAAUACACCAGCAAGCUAGAUGCCCUCCAACAAAGAGAACAGCAAUUACUGGAAUCCCUCGGGAAUGGAACUGAUCUUUCUGUCUCUAGCUCUGCAUCAUUGGACACCGUUACAUCUUCUUCCUCUUCCAGCCUUUCAGUGCUACCUUCAUCUCUUUCAGUUUUUCAAAAUCCUACAGAUGUGUCUCGCAGCAACCCUAAGUCACCACAGAAACCUAUUGUUAGAGUCUUCCUGCCCAACAAACAGAGGACAGUGGUACCUGCAAGGUGUGGAGUUACAGUCCGAGACAGUCUAAAGAAAGCACUGAUGAUGAGAGGUCUUAUCCCAGAGUGCUGUGCUGUAUACAGAAUUCAAGAUGGGUAUGGUUUAGAGAAGAAGCCAAUUGGCUGGGACACUGAUAUUUCCUGGCUUACUGGAGAGGAGUUGCACGUAGAAGUAUUGGAAAAUGUUCCACUUACCACACACAAUUUUGUACGGAAAACUUUUUUCACCUUAGCAUUUUGUGACUUUUGUCGAAAGCUACUAUUCCAGGGUUUCCGCUGUCAAACAUGUGGAUAUAAAUUUCACCAGCGCUGUAGUACAGAGGUUCCUGUGAUGUGUGUUAAUUAUGACCAACUUGAUUUGCUGUUUGUCUCCAAGUUCUUUGAACACCACCCAUUACCACAGGAGGAGACCUCCUUAGCAGAGACCACCCUUACAUCUGGAUCAUCCCCUUCCGCACCCCCCUCAGAAGCCAUUGGGCCCCCAAUUCUCACCAGCCCAUCUCCUUCAAAAUCCAUUCCAAUUCCACAGCCUUUCCGACCAGCAGAUGAAGAUCAUCGGAAUCAAUUUGGGCAGCGAGACCGGUCCUCUUCUGCUCCCAAUGUGCAUAUAAACACGAUAGAACCCGUCAAUAUUGAUGAUUUGAUUAGAGACCAAGGGUUUCGUAAUGAUGGAGGAUCAACCACAGGUUUGUCUGCCACCCCACCUGCCUCAUUACCUGGCUCCCUCACUAAUGUGAAAGCCUUACAAAAAUCUCCAGGGCCUCAGCGAGAAAGGAAGUCAUCUUCAUCCUCAGAGGACAGGAAUCGAAUGAAAACACUUGGUAGACGGGAUUCAAGUGAUGAUUGGGAGAUUCCUGAUGGGCAGAUUACAGUGGGACAAAGAAUUGGAUCCGGAUCAUUUGGAACAGUCUACAAAGGAAAGUGGCAUGGUGAUGUAGCAGUGAAAAUGUUGAAUGUGACAGCACCCACACCUCAGCAGUUACAGGCCUUCAAAAAUGAAGUAGGAGUACUCAGGAAAACACGGCAUGUGAAUAUCCUACUCUUCAUGGGCUAUUCCACAAAGCCACAGCUAGCUAUUGUUACCCAGUGGUGUGAGGGCUCCAGCUUAUACCACCAUCUCCACAUCAUCGAGACCAAAUUUGAGAUGAUUAAACUAAUAGAUAUUGCACGGCAAACUGCACAGGGCAUGGAUUACUUACACGCCAAGUCAAUCAUCCACAGAGACCUCAAGAGUAAUAAUAUAUUUCUUCACGAAGACCUCACGGUAAAAAUAGGUGAUUUUGGUCUAGCCACAGUGAAAUCUCGAUGGAGUGGGUCCCAUCAGUUUGAACAGUUGUCUGGAUCCAUUCUGUGGAUGGCACCAGAAGUUAUCAGAAUGCAAGAUAAAAACCCAUACAGCUUUCAGUCCGAUGUAUAUGCAUUUGGGAUUGUUCUAUAUGAACUGAUGACUGGGCAGUUACCUUAUUCAAACAUCAACAACAGGGACCAGAUAAUUUUUAUGGUGGGACGAGGAUACUUAUCUCCAGAUCUCAGCAAGGUACGGAGUAACUGUCCAAAGGCCAUGAAGAGAUUAAUGGCGGAGUGCCUCAAAAAGAAAAGAGAUGAGAGACCACUCUUUCCCCAAGAGAAUUUGCAGCCUUCAAGUAGCCACACCAUCAUGGCAGCAUCUACUCUUUAUUUCUUAACUCUUGUGUUCGUACAGUUCGUUAACAUCAAAACACAGUUCUGUUCCUCAAAUCUUUUUUUAAAGAUACAGAGUUUUCAAUGCAUAAGCUGGUAUGGAACAGAAUGGAAUUUCCUAUCCAUCAAAAGAGGAAAGAAUGUUUUAGGAACCAGAAUUCUUUGCUGCCAGUGUUUCUUCUUCAACACAAAUACCACGUGCAUACAAGUCUGCCCACUCCCGGGAAGAAAGAGGAGAGACCCUGAAUUCUGACCUUUUGAUGGUCAGGCAUGAUGGAAAGAAACUGCUGCUACAGCUUGGGAAAUUUGCUAUGGAAAGUCUGCCAGUCGACUUUGUCCUUCUAACCACCAGAUCAGCUUGUGGCUGAUCAUCUGAUGGGGCAGCCUCAAUCACCAAGCACGGUUCUCUUUGCUGUUCUGGGAUGUUUGUGGAGCUCUUUCCCUUAGCCACCACUGGUUCAUUAAUUUCUGAGGGAUGGAAUCAAAAUGCAGCAUACCCUUUGUGUGUGGCAUAGGUUAGUGCUUGAUAGAUUUUCUCACAGUGCAGUUCUCUUAUUUAAGAAGGAGGGUGAGGGGUAGGGAACGUGUGGGCAGAGCGCGAGGGAAUGCUGCAUCUUCUUCCUGACCUCCCUGGUCUCUGGCCUCUGGUUGCCUUGUUCCCCGGGUUCUGCCUCAGCACGCGGGCUGGACAGUGCCGGUGCACAUCGCCUUCUUUUCUCAUUGGGUUCAGCAAUGAAGAUGAGGGUUGGGGACUCGUUUCCUCCACUACGUAGCAGACUCUCAGGAAAAUACAGUCUAAAUCUUCUCUGAGCUCUUCCAGUCACCAAGUACUUACAUGGCUGCUUUGUCCAGGGCACCAAAUGCCAUGGAUAGUAUCUGAUGAACAGCCUACAAAACUGCUUAAUAAUAGUUUUGAAUGUGAGGAAAUUAUGUAAUUUAAAUGUAAGGUACAGGUUUUCAUUUCUGAGUUUCUUCUAUUAUAUUUUUAUUAAAAUGCAAAUAAUUUUCAGAUUGAAUUGAAUUGGAAUACAAUACUUCCCAAUAGAAUUAUAUAUCCUUAAAAUUGUAUUUUUGUUAUAUAAUCAACUUUUAAAGAAAGAUCAUUACCCUUUUCUCUAUAUAAAUAUGGGGAGUCUUAGCAUAAUGACAAAUAUUUAUAAUUUUUAAAUUAAUGGUACUUGCUGGAUCCAUACUAACAUCUUUGCUAAUAAUCUCACUGUUUCUUCCAACUUAUUCCUACACUACAUCCUACAUCCUCUUUCAAGCCUUUUAUCUAGAAUAUGCAACCUAAAAUAAAAAUGGUGGUAUCUCCAUUCAUUCUCUUCCUUUUUUCCCAAGCCUGGUCUUCAAAAGGUUGGGUAUUGGCAGCUGAGUUAGUACCUGGCAGCAGAUAGAGAACAGAAAUAUUAGGGAUAUUGGGACCAAAGGAAGGUGUGUGAAAGCCUGUCAUCAGUUGCUUUUGUAGAGAGCUGCUGUGGUGUGAGAAGCUAAAUCCAGCCUAUCUUCAUACAAAUGGAAAAUAGAACCUAGUCAUAGCUUCCCUUGGCCUUUAUUAAAAGAUAUCAUAAAUCACAGUAACAACAAAGAAAGUGACUAGAUGGACUAAUGGCAAAUUAAUGGCAAAUAUCUCCCUUAUGGGGAGUCUAUCAUCAUUUGUUGGGAUUUAGGAAUGGGAAUUAAAUGAGAUGACCUUCACCUAACUAAGCCACAGCCAAGGAUCUGAAAGAAAUUCAGCAAGACCUAAAAUAGAUCAAGGAGUAUGAAAUUAUUGGUCAAAUGUCUCCGAUUCUAACUCCUGGCCCCACUAUCUAUCCUAGCCUACUGCUCACUACCCUUCGAUGACUUUUGCUAAUUCCUGUCAUCAGAGGAUGGCCCAGUGAAAAGUGUUUUUAGCUCUUACGUGAACAUAGCUGUGUCUUUGAAGAUUUAGAAAAUGGCAGAGCCAGGAAUUAUGCUGAUGUGAAAAGCAUCUUCAGCGCAUGGCAUGCCACCUCUUUUUGAAAAGUGUUGGUCAUUUGUUCUCUCUAAAUACAGCUCUAUAGGUGCUUCUAAACAUGGCUGGGUUUGCUUCGCCAAGACUCACUCAGCUCUCACACCCUGCUGAAGAAAGCUGGGUGUGAACCUGGCACAGGUUCAGGCCUCACCUGAGACAGAGCCAGCUCCUGGGGCAGGAGAUUAGCAUUGGAAUUCGCUAACCAAAUGCAGAUGACACAGUUUUUUGGUUUUUUCUUCCUUUCAUUUUGGAAUAGGUUGCUGCUUGAUUUGAGAAGAGGGAGCAGACUGUUGAUAGCAAAUAAAACUGUGUCCAGAAGCCAGACUCAGGGUAUUGACAGAUUUUUAUAAAGAACUUUAAAAGUAGAAAUAAAAUGUUUAAACUUUUAUUUCCAUUAAGUAGUGU